AGUCUGUCUCAGGACGCACAAAGUUUGCGUUGGUGAUUUGGAGAACUUUUAUGCUUUGAACCUCUCUGCAAAACUCUUUCUUUGCUAUUUUUUAUUUUUUUUCGUCUUGUCUUUUUCUUUCUCCAUUGAACUCUGGGGUCUAUUAGGGCAGAGCUUCAGUGCGGAAUGGCUGAACUGCUGCGGAUUCGUAAGAAAAGGCUGCAGAUCCCCAUCUCUAGACUGAGGACCACGCUCAAGCAGCUGGAGGAGAAAGAUGUUGACUUUGAAGAAAUCAAAAAGAACCUGGAUUUUACAGCGUCGUUACUGGAAGCAGUUUACCUCGAUGGAGCAAGGCAGAGUCUGGAGUCCGAGGACGACCUCCAGCAGCUGCAGUCAGACGGCGUGCCCUCAGAGGUCACCGAUUGGCUGGCUUCCACCUUCACCCAGAGGGUUCGGCGGCCUCUACGACGCCCAGAUGAGAAGCCCAAGUUCCGCAGCAUUGUGCAUGCAGUGCAGGCUGGGAUAUUUGUUGAGAGGAUGUUCAAGAGGGCUUAUACAGCCGCCAUGCCAGAUGAACCCGCCGCGGUCGUAAACUGCCUUAGGGACGUUGACCGCUGGAGCUUCGACGUGUUUGCUCUGAAUUCCGCCUGCUCUGAUCAUGCCCUAAGAACUCUGUUCUUUGAGUUGAUCACCAGAUAUGGCCUCAACAGUCGCUUUAAGAUCCCCAUAUCGUGCCUGACAGAAUUCCUGUCGGCAUUGGAGAGGGGAUACAGCAAGCACAACAACCCCUACCACAGCCACGUCCAUGCUGCCGAUGUCACUCAGACACUGCACUGCCUGCUUCUGCGCUCCGGACUCGUGCACUGGCUGACAGAGCUUGAGGUGAUGGCGUCACUUUUUGCCGCGGCCAUCCACGACUACGAACACACGGGGACCACAAACAACUUCCUCAUCCACACAAAGUCUGAGUUUGCAUUGAUCUACAACGAUCGGUCGGUCCAGGAAAGCCAUCACCUCAGUGCGGCGUUCCGCCUGCUCCAGGACGACCAAAUGAACAUCUUCACUAACUUGACAAGAGAAGAAUGGAUGGAGCUGCGCUCUCUUGUUAUAGAGAUGGUGCUGUCCACAGACAUGUCCUCCCACUUACUGCAAGUCAAAGGGAUGAAAUCCUGUCUACAACAACAAGAAAGGAUUGACAAGCCAAAGGCACUGUCUCUGUUGCUCCACACGGCUGACAUAAGCCAUCCAUCCAAGCCCUGGGCACUGCACUCUCGCUGGACCACAGCCCUGAUGGAGGAGUUUUUCAGGCAGGGUGAUAGAGAGGCAGAGCUCGGCCUUCCCUUCUCUCCUCUGUGUGACCGAAAAAGCACCCUGGUAGCCGAGUCUCAGAUCGGUUUCAUCGACUUCAUUGUGUACCCUACGUUCUCUCUGCUGACGGACAUGGCUGAAAAAGUAGUUAUUCCUUUGGUGGAGGAGAACCCCGGCCCACCAGACCCCUGUAACAGACACAGUAAUCUGUGGAAGGAGAGCUCCAGGGGUCUGCAGUGGAGUCUCGCUCACAUCACAGCUGAGCUGGUGAGCUUCCGCUCCACCUGGACACGACACACCGAAGACAACAAGCUCAAAUGGAAGGAGGGGGGCUCCAAUGGAUUUUCAGAUCCCAGUUUGACAAUAGAGCAGAGAUCCAGUCAAGAGGAGCCGUUAGAAAAAUCUCUUCAAGACCCCACUACGUAUUCUAAACCGUAGACAGAACUUUAACUAUUAAGUGCUUAGAGAAACAAGACGGUCUUCAAAGGUAAAUGGAGGUUAAUGCUGAGUCACUGUUUGUAACAAAACCACAAUGCCUUUUCAUGUGGGGAUUUUGGGAAGCUGUGAGGGAGGGUGGUUUAAUGUUAAAUUCAUCUUCCCAAGGUAAGAUGUACAUUCACAGAAAUGUCCUUGUGUCUUAUUUCAAGGGUAGUAUACUCUUAUAAUUUAAAUGCAGUGUCCAUGCUGGCCAUGUUAUACCGCAUCGUGCAUGUUAUUAAUUUAAUUUACCACCUAAACACUUGUAAGGAACGUUUUACAUUUAAUAAUUUUAGCUAAACACAAUUCAUUUAUUCUAUGAAACAAUAAACGUUAAAAAUAUGUAAAUAUUUGUCGUUUGAUUCAUUAUAAGGUUGGCCCUGUUGUGAUCGCAUAUAGUACCUUGUUUUUUAUGAAAACAUUUUGUUUAGUUCCACUUCUGCAAAAUGAAUUACAAACGAUUCAGUGUCUCAUUCAGCAAACCCAUGACUACAAGAUACAAGUAGAUGGUUUUCUGCACAAAACCAAGGCAACAAUCCGUGCAUAAUUGUGCUCAUAGGGUGGUACCCAAAGAAAAUGCAGCAUUGCAACAAUGGCAACAGGUCUUUUACUUUCAGGAAAUCCUGCAGCAUAUCCCCCUGUCACAUGCUUUAUAAGAAGAUACUUGAUUAAUCUCACACAUGCACUUUGAAGUGUGUUAUAGAUGUCACGUUACCAGUUGACCUAAAAUACCAAACAAUCCUAUAUAUGAAAGAUGUAUGUGUUUUUAUGCUCCUGGCUCAUUGCAUUAUUUAUUUGUAGAGUGCCUGUUUUUAGGACAUAGUUAAUCUCUACUAAAUUCGUGCACAUGUGCAGUGAUGACGCUUUUUGGAUACUUUCGAAAUCAUACAUACUACUAAUUUAUUAGUAAAAUAGGUCUUUGUUUGUAUGCCUUAAACUGUAAAUAGUUUGGAGCUGUCAACCAUACUUUUUACUUGUUUGCAUCCAGAAUUCCCUAGAUAAUUAUUACAGAUAAACAAGCAAUGACCAAUUUAAACAUUUUAUUGUAUCAAACAAAUAUA